CCUUCAAGAAUUUUGUGGAUCAUGAACGAAUGGCUGAAAUCAAACAGCGAUCCGUGUUCAUUCAUGUCGACGUUCCUGGACAAGAAGAAAAUGCUCCCAACUGGCCUACUGAUGUACCCUAUCCUACAAUCCAGAUGAUGGGGGAACAGUUGGUUAAGAUCUUAGACUACCUAAAGAUCAAGUUAGUCGUAGGGUUCGGAGAAGGAGCCGGAGCCAAUAUUCUUGUUAGGUUUGCUCUUGCCAACCCCACUCGUGUUCUUGGACUGAUACUUAUUCAUUGUGUUUCUACAGGAGUUGGAAUGAUGGAAUAUUUCAAAGAUAAGAUUCUGAAUUGGCAACUUCAAACGAUCGGCAUGAAUCCUUCGGCAGAGCAGUUUCUUGUUCUUCAUAAAUUUGGACCGCAAUUAGAAAUGGUUGACAACAAGGAGAAACUUAUCCAGGAAUAUACGGAAACUCUCAAGAAGACAAUUAAUCCCCGGAACCUGAAACGUUACGUUGAGGCUUAUAUGAACCGGAAGGAUAUAACAGCUUCAAUUGAAUCCAGCCUUUCAUCCAUAGACGUGAUGAUGGUGACUGGAGCCAAAGCAAUCCACAUGCAGGCGGUGGAGAAUAUGGUCAUGAGAAUGAACAAGCAAAAGACCACGUUAUUAAAAGUCGACAGUGUGGGUGACGUCCUUCAGGAAGCGCCUGAAAAUCUUGCACAAAAUCUACUUCUUUUUGUAAAAGGGCUGGGAUACUUGACUUCAGUGACUCUACCCGGAGUGGAGAGACAACGGACUUUCUCUGGUGGAGACCAGGCAGCACUGGGAGCGGGUGGAAGACGACGAACACUGUCGAUGGAAGAUUAUGACACACCUCGGCCCAGAAGAACCUCUUUGAUCACUUACCACAAAUGAAGAAGCUAAUCAUGCUGGUUAUGUGCAAGUCUCUGGUGUAACUAAGUAAAAUCAGCCCUCACAUCAAUGUGUUCAGUACUACUCUAUUGGAACAAGAGAAAAUAACGCUUCCUAACAUGUUGCACUUUGUUUUUAUGAGUUUAGGGAACUAUAUCAGUUUUCUAAGAGAGUGAAAUCGUUUGAUUAACAACUGUAUGCCACUUAAUCAGAGAUACACGUGUAUAAUAACAAAACUAAAAUGUCUAAUCAACGUUCAUCUCGAGAAUUUUACAAAUUAAAAGCGUAUCCUUUUAUCGUCAUGUUACCGGGAGUGAUACGUUAUUCCGGUUUUUUCCUGAUAUUAUUCAGACCUAAAACUAAAUAGCCACUCAAACUAGGUUCAUUUUCGGUUGGAUUUUCUGUUUUAACAUAUUAAAGACGACGAAUUAGAUAAAAUUUGACAUACUCUCGAAAUACAGAGUAUUGAUUUCUUUAUGAAGAACCCGGGCAUGCGAUACAUGUGAAUCAUCCACAGUUAAGUAUAUUAGAUUAAUAAGUCUUAAAUGUUUUUCCUAAAAAACAUGAUCAUUCUCUUAGAAAACUUUAAUGAGUUUCUGAGGUAAACGCACUCAGCCGCAUAGCUUCCACAUUUGUAAAUAUAUGUAGAAAAUUUGUAUUCUAUUAGAACAUCGAUGUGAACAGCUAGAGCUUAAAAUUGUAUUUGGUUUUGAUUAUUUUAUUACUCGUUUGUUAGAUCUCUCAUAAUGAUUUGAUUUUAUACUGGAUUCAAUUACUUGGAGUGUCGUUAUUCUUUGCUCUUUUAUUGUAAAAGCUUUUCAAGUUCAUAUGGACAAAGCACCAACUUUUCUUUUAGAUAGUGUAGUAGAUUUACUGUGUAGAGAAAUCUCUUAUGUAGAGAGAGUUAUGCUAAGAGAGAACAAAAGUCGAAGUGUUGUAUUGCACCAGUUGCGCAAUACGCACACUACAUUCAGUGCAAACAAACUCAAAAACAACCUAACAGGGUUUUAUAAUAGACAUUUGGUGCAAACAAAUUUGAAAAUAGAAAAAGUGUUUUAAAUUUUUAGUCAUUGACCUUUAAAUUGAACCUCGAAAUUGUACUUAUUAUUGAAAGUAGAACAUAGACAGUGUCUCAUCAUCAUCAUCUGAUAACCCUCUUAUUCUAGAAACAUCCUGUCAGAACUCAUACAAGUACAAAAUGCACAUGACACGUGAUGAAAAACGGAUUUCAACUUUUUAACCCAAGGGAAUUUGGUAUAACAUAUUAAUUGUUAUAUUUUUACAAACAUGGUAAUUCUGUAGGACUUUUUUACCAAAUUUAUUUGAGUGAGCCACAGAAAACCAGUAGGUUUUACCACCUACCGAUAUCAUUCUUUUAUUGCGUAGUUCCUUCAGACAAACGUUUUUUGUUGUUGUUAUAUUAUAGUUUGGAAUGGAAUACCACCAUAAGUCCCAUUUAUGGAUUAUUGUGUAAACAAUGAAACAAUUACUUGAAGCCAGUUUUUAAAUGAAUAGUACAAAUCACUUUUGAUGUUCAACUGCACAUUUGGAGUUCACGUGUUUUUAAAAUCUCAGAUUCUUAGCAUAGUUUCGUGAUUUUUGUAUUAAAAAUGUCAGAAAUAACUGGUAAGAAAAAAGUAACAAGAAGAAGACGUUAUGACAUUAGAUAUUUCGCUUUAAAAUGUAAAGAGAACAUUACUUGAGAAACAUGCACUUGUUUGGAUGAGAGCUGAUAUAAUCAAAUGUUAUACCAUUAAUUAUAGUUUAAAUACAUAUAUACAAAUAUAUAUAUAUAUAUAUAAAUUGCCAAUCAACAGUUGGACUUACAAAGACAAAAAUCAUUCUUACAAACCAUUUACAGUGCUUAAAUAUUUGACAGUUUUAGACCAAACUACAUUUUAUUAGUUUACAUACAGUUGUAAAAGAAACGACUGAUCGAUUUCUGGCAGAAUGAAAGAACUGUCGAAUUUAAUAAUACGAGGAUUAUCCUAAAAAAUCAAAACCUAAAAUGACAUUGAAACAGUAUGAAAUCGCCUCAUAAGAACACAUAUACAGAACAAUUUUUAUAAAACCCUUCGGAUAAUGCUGUUAUGGGUCUUUUAUCUUCUCCAAGACAAAUCGGUUUUAAAACGUAAAUGUCAGCUGAGUUAGACUUAACUAUUUUUAAACGUUCGGGAUUAUGGCAUCUAUCACUUGUAUUUCAAAGAGCUAAAUAUCUACUGGUUUUAUGCAAAUACACUUUGAAAGUAAUUCCAAAGUAAUUUUUGAAGAUAGAAUUGGAAUUAAAAGCUUAGAUUCUCUCAACAUAAAUGUGACUUUUUACCGGAAUUAUUUAAACAUUUAGAAAGAAUUCAUAAACUUUACCUAAAUAACUUGUAAAGAUGAUAAAAACAUAAAUAUAUAUUUAAAUCUUUGAACUUCUUCAGAAAUACUUAAUUGUGGUUUAGAUAUGUUGAAGCUUUUAUAGUUUUAAUUGUUUUUAGUAGUAUAUAGUACAUCUUUUCUACAUAAUGAAACAAUGUAUAUUAUUUAGGUUUACAACUUAGCAUAUGUUGUAGCAGGCAGUAGAAUUGUGAAUCACUUGAGACUAUUUGUAAACUGUAAUUACGUUCCUUAGCUACUUUAAACCAAUUAUCAUGUACUAUUUCUUAAGCUGAGUGUAAAUCUAAUUUUAUAAUGCCUAAUAAAGAA